AUGCGUCCAUUCAUUUUUCUUGCGUUGUCCUCGCUCGCUUAUGGCAUUGAUGCUGAGCAUCAGCCGGAGUGGGUGAAGAGCGUUGUUGCUUCGGCCAGUUCCGCAUAUGCCCCUUGGCUCACAGCCACCCCGAAGAUCGUCGAACGACAAGUCAAGCCCCCUCAGCAAAGCACUCAUCCUUUUUAUAACGCCACUAGCCCACCGUACCCUGUUGCGCCGUCAGUCAAUGGCACAAACGGCACUUGCUCCUACUGGUUAGGGGACAUUCAGCAUCAGGGCAAGGCACCGUUCCAGGAUGAUGCUGAGUAUACAGUUUUCCGGAAUGUGAAGGACUACGGCGCCGUCGGAGACGGCAUUGCUGACGACACAGCGGCCAUCAAUCUCGCUAUCUCGAGUGGUAACAGAUGUGGUCCGGGCUCCUGUAACAGCUCGACAACUACUCCUGCUCUGGUCUACUUUCCCGCCGGCAACUAUCUCAUCUCAUCGCGUAUCAUCAACUACUAUGACACCCAGAUCAUCGGUAACCCCAACUGCUUGCCCACGAUCCAGGCUUCAUCCAAUUUUACCGGUUUCAUGAUCGACUCGAGCGGAUUUGGUGCGACCAAUACCUUCUUUAGACAGAUCCGCAAUCUCGUGCUUGACAUGACGGCAGUACCACCUCAGGAAGCAGUGACUGGCAUAUUCUGGCCUACUGCACAGGCAACGAGGCUUCAGAAUCUGGUGUUCAAGAUGAGCGAAGCUUCUGGUACACAACAUCAGGGCGUGUUCAUCUCAGAAGGCAGUGGAGGGAUGAUCAAUGACCUUGUGGCCUAUGGCGGCCUGUACGCUUUCAGGUAUGCUAAUUCGUUGGAUGCAGAUGAUUUUCCAGCUCUGUAUUGGGGCAACCAGCAGUUCACCGUAUCGAAUCUUACCGCCUUCAAUGCAGUUACUGCAAUCAAUCAGAUCUGGAACUGGGGAUUCAGCUACUCCCAUCUAUCGAUCAACAAUUGCUCCGUCGGACUGAACAUGUCAAGUGGCGCUCCUGACUCGUUGAGCGUCGGUUCCAAUCUCGUGUUUGAUUCGACGUUUACAGACACGCCCAUCGGUGUUGCGUAUGCCCGCAGCAACUCCUCGCAGCCGCCUGCAGCAAACUCUCUGGUCAUCGAAAACGUACAGUUCAACAACGUGCCAUCUGUCGUCCAGGGACCCUCUGGCACCGUGCUGCCCGGCUCCAGCGGAGCUCUGACCGUUGCAGGCUGGGCGGCCGGCCAUGCCUACACACCCAACGGCCCCAACAACAUCGAGGGAGCUAUCGAGCCCAACAAUCGUCCCGCUUCUUUGCUGGCUGGCGGCAGAUACUAUCGCAAAACCAAGCCUGAUUUCGGUCGCCUUCCAUCUUCUGCCGUCCUCUCGACCCGCAGUGCAGGCGCAGCUGGUGAUGGCUCCACCGACGAUACAGCCGUUUUCCAAGCCGCCGUUGAUACUGCCGUUUCACAAAACAAGAUUCUGUUCAUCGAUGCUGGUACCUAUGUCCUUACAUCUACGAUCAGCAUCCCCGCCGGAGCUCGCAUCGUCGGCGAAGCGUACCCAAUCCUCCUAGCCUCAGGCUCCUUCUUCAGCGACAAAUCCAACCCUCAGCCCUUCAUCCAAAUCGGCAAACCCGGCGACACCGGCACUGUCGAAUGGACAGACACCAUGAUCUCCGGCCGUGGCGGCGUUGCCGGCGCCAUCUUCAUCGAAUACAACCUCGCCAACUUCGGGUCCGCCGCCAGCGGGCCGUCCGGCUUGUGGGAUGUGCAUGUGCGCGUUGGCGGCUUUGCGGGCUCCGACCUACUGAUCAACGACUGCCCGGUCGACACGACCACAGCCAUUCCUCCUGCGCCCAUCCCCGAGAAAUGUAUCGCCGGCUUUAUGUCCAUGCACAUCACCUCCAGCGCGGCGAACCUGCAGCUCGACGCCACGUGGCUGUGGACCGCGGACCAUGACAUCGAGGAUGGCGAGCUGCGACAGAUCACCAUCUUCAACGGCCGAGGCUUGUAUAUUGACCAGGCGGCGGGGCCACUUUGGCUGUGGGGCACGUCCGUCGAGCACCACGUGCUGUACGAGUACCAGCUCGCGGGCGUCCGAGAGGUCUUCAUGGGCGAAAUCCAGACCGAAACUGCCUAUUAUCAGCCUAAUCCGCCCGCGACGCUGCCGUUUGAGGCGCUGCCGCAGUGGAACGAUCCUACCUUUCCGGACUACUGCUACUCCACGAAUGGCUUCAACUAUACGGGUCAGAACUCAUCGUUCAGCAACGCUUGUGAUGGCUUCGGGUUGCGGAUCUUGGAUGGGAGUGGCGUUUUGGUGUACGGUGCUGGGCUGUACAGCUUCUUUGCCAACAACAUUUUGGGUUGUACGCCUGAUGGAACGAGCCCGGAGUGUCAGGACAAGGUCUUCAGUGUCGAGGGCGGGAGUUCCACCUCCGUAUAUUGUCUGAAUACGGUUGGCGUGCAGAGCAUGGUCAACGUCAACAACCAAAGCGUCGCCACUGCCGUGGACAACGUUGCUGGCUUCACCGAUACCAUCGUGCUGUUCAGGACGUGA